AUGACUCUUGCUGAAUGUGUCCACUACAGAGACAUCUAUUUGCACAGCCCCAAUGUGCGAUGGAAGGACAUCAUCGGUCUGGAGGAUGCCAAGCGAUUAGUCAAAGAGGCCGUCGUUUAUCCCAUUAAGUAUCCCCAACUCUUUACAGGCAUCCUGUCUCCAUGGAAGGGUUUACUGCUCUAUGGUCCUCCAGGUACAGGUAAGACGUUGCUGGCCAAGGCCGUAGCUACAGAGUGUAAGACAACCAUCUUCAACAUCUCAGCUUCCAGCAUUGUCAGCAAGUGGAGGGGAGACUCUGAGAAACUGGUCAGGGUUCUAUUUGAGCUGGCCAGGUACCACGCUCCAUCCACCAUCUUCCUGGAUGAGCUUGAGUCAGUGAUGGGCCAGAGAGCAGCUGCUUUCAGAGGUGAGCACAAGGGGAGUCGCAGGAUAAAGACCGAGUUACUGGUUCAGAUGGAUGAGUCUUACCUCUUCACCAGCUCGCCAAGCCAUGACGUCUCACUGGCUGCCUCCUCUCAGCUGCACAGGAGGCAUUGAGGAGAUGGAGGGCUACUCUGGCUCAGAUAUAAGAUGGCAUGUAAGGAAGCUGCCAUGAGACCAGUUGGAAAAAUCUUUGAUGCUCUGGAGUCACAUCAGGAUGAUGACACAGCCUGCCAUCCAACUGGAAACUGUAACAACGGCUGAUUUCCUGAAUGUGAUUGAACACACCAAACACUCAGCACGAAACCUGAUAGAUUUUAUU